AUGCAAGGUCUCUUACAUCUGAAAUAGAUCCGCGGAAAGCCAGCGAGGAUCGACUAGUAUUGUGCAUGCUUGUCUUGCUAUAUACAGCACAAAUAAGUGCACGACAAAUCGGGUGCGCGUACGAUAAGAAAUGUAGUAAGCUCGUGGCCAAAGACGCAAAAGUUCCGAUUUGCUUCCGGCUGAUUCAAGCAGGCGUCGGACGCUACGUGACUGUUGAGCUUGAACAUUGUGCAAGUCGAGGCGUGCAAUUUAGUCAAGCGAUAAUAUAAUUUUCAAAGCAAAUUAGUAAGAACUGACGCAGACUUGGGAUGACGAGAAAAAUGUAUAGGCAAGGCGAGGCGUCUUUGAAACAGGUGUUCGUGCGCCCUGGCCAGUCGGUUGGUGUUGACCGGUUUUUUCAGCGCCAUUAAUGGUAAUCCGUAAUCAAUUUCAUCUCUUUUACCGAGCCUCUAUCAGGCAGAGACAAGCUGAAAAACAAUCGCGCUCUCUUUAAUGAUUCUGAUCACACUCCUGAGCACACUAGCAACGGUCGAUCGUUAGCCGCUGCACAUUCAUUCUCCCGCUUCGACUUGCUAUUAAUGCAUUAUUAAUGUAUUUUUUUAUUUGAAAUACCUAAUGCACACCGUAUUAAUUAUUCAAUUACUCGAAUUUGCUCCUUCAUACUUAAAAUAACAUUCUCAAACUUUGGCAUGCGUCUUUUAUGUUAACCGAUUUCACUCUUCUUGCGCAAACAAAAUAAGUUACUUGACAGAAAUAUGCGUUUGCGUGAUUUUUAACUUUGGAAAGGUUGAGACAUCACGCCUCACGUUGGAAUCAGAGUUGAUAAAAAAAAAGGAAAAGAAAAACAAGGGUAAUAUAAUCGUCGGGACGAGAUGACGUGACGGCACGAAAGCUUUUUACGACGUUACUCGCGCAUAUAAAUUGAACACACUCGAUUUUCGUUUGAUCGAAAAGCAAACGUAUGCAAGGACUUGAUUUUGACGCCAGUGAAGGCAACAGACCUUAAAAUUAUAAAUGAAAUUAAUCAUUAGAUUGGAUAUCCUACUAAUUUGUUCUCGAUGCUUCGAAAUCGAUGGCAAAAUCGAAAAGCAAAAGUAAGCGGUUGAAGGUGACGACAGCCAAGUAGCCGAUACGAGGAGCAAGCGGUACGAUUAAUACGACGAAGCUGCAGCUGCGCUUGUGCAAACGUGCCCACUAGUGGAUUAUAGGAUAAGCUUGGCUCGUGCGCCAGUAGGCUGUUUCUCGGGCUGACUGCAGGUCGCUCGGCCACGGCACGGACGGGACGAACGGAGGGGAGAUGGAGCAAGUGCCGCAGGACGGACGCGUGUCUGGCCGCUGAAGCUGAUAAGGCAGACGCGAGCAGGGAACAGGACGAGCCGGCACGGCGAUAAGCCGAGCUCUGCUCACGCCCACACGCUUAGACGCCACAGCGGACAAACGCGCUUUCCUUGGCAUCGCCGCCAGUUGUCCUUGACACGAACGCUUGGUGACUCGGAGACGCUGACGGUUGACACCGAGAACGAGCACCACAGUCAGUUGCCGCAAUGGGUACCGGAAGCGCAACCAAAGACAAAGCCACCUCGCGGCUCAGACCAAUCAAAAUCACCGCAGUCGGUGACGGCAUGGUCGGCAAGACCUGCAUGCUCGUCACGUACACGGACAAAAAAUUUCCCAUGGAAUACAUACCCACCGUCUUCGAAAACUAUCCCAAGACUAUCGAAGUGGAUGGUCGAGGAUACGAUGUCACCCUGUGGGACACCGCCGGUCAAGAAGAUUACGAAAGGCUUAGGCCCUUAUCCUACCCUAAUACUGACUGUUUUCUGUUGUGCUUUUCCAUAAGUGCACGUAGCUCCUACGAAAACAUAGCCAGUAAAUGGUAUCCGGAACUCAAGAUUCAUUGUCCAAACAUUCCAAUCAUCCUCAUAGGUACCAAAGGUGACCUUAGAACCGAAGAAGCUGAUAUAAUAACACCUCAUGAGUGCAAGAAAAUGAAGAAGAAAAUCAAAGCCUUCAAAUAUCUUGAGUGCUCGGCAAAAAUGCAAGAAGGUUUGGAUGAGGUUUUCACGGAGGCCGUUCGCGCAGUUUUAAAAAGACCGACAACCCGCAAAUUAUGUUGCAUGAUGUGAAAUAAUUUAGUACAGUGCGACAUUUACAUCUUUUGCUGACGUCAGUUCGCACCAAAGACUUUUUUAUUAUUUACUACGUGACUUGCAAUAUUUUGUUAGCUGUUUUUUUAUCAAUUUUUACUAUAUAAGCUGAAUGCCACUUUCUAUCUUUUCUUUUUCAUCUUCAAUUCAUUGUAAAUAUAUGUGUAAACUAAAUUUCUUUUCAAUUUCUAUACUUCAUCAUGUCCAUUGAAACGUACUUGUUUUCAUUUAAUUUUUGUAGUCAUUAAGUGUUACUCAUAUGUACAAUUAGACAUGAGAUAUUCCUUUGACAAAUGUGCUAUACUAUAUAUCAAGAUUUUCAUAAUUUAGCCAUAAAAAAACUCUGUUUCUUACAUUAUAUAUUUUGCAUUAAUGUACAUCUAUUCUUUUGAACUUCAAGAUCCACCUAUUAAAUAAUAUUAAGAAGGUGAUUUUGAAACAAUUUAAAUAAAACUAAAAUAUGGCAAAACUUUUUGA